AUGCGUCAAGCCGCGGUGGGCGUGGAGGGCUUCCGCGUGAACGGCUGUGGACCGAGGGGCCGCCGGCCGCCCAGGGAGGGAGCGGCUGCGCCUGUGGCCGCCAUCUUUGCUAGGGGCGGCGCGGGCGCCCCGGUAUCGUUGGGGUUUCUCACGGCGCCCUUGGCCCGGCAGAGAAAGGCUCUGCGACAGAAGUUUUGUGUGUUGGGGGGUGGCGGGGAGAUCUGGGGCUUAGAGGGAAGGUCCCAGCUGAAGAUGAAAAUCAGAAUCACUGGCAUGUACGUGAUAACUGACAGUGUGCACCCUGGGCAAGAAAGCCUGCAGGGGGAUGAGCAGAGGGCUGAGGGCAAUGAUGGGACAGUGCCCACAGAGGAAAUUAAGGCCGAGCAGCCAGAGGGGGGAGGGGGAAACCAGGGAGCCUGUGGCCUCAGAGAAGCCCGGGAAGAAAGAGGGAGGGGUAAAACAGAGCCGAGAGAGUCCAAGCCUUCCGGGGGAGGCAGCAACGCGGAAGUGAUCCGUGAGCUUCAGGAAAGACUGUCUGGGGUGCUCUUGGCAGUGGAUGAGGUCAUGCGACAGGUUCUUGCCGAUAGACGGGAGAAGCAGCCUAGGGGUGGCUCUGUGCCUCGAGGCCGGGACCCCGGUCAGCUGCAGCUGACCGACGCGCCCAGCCCCGGCUCCGCCCGGUGUCCCUCCGCAGAUGAAGACGGAGCGCUGGUGGAACGCGGUAUCGCCCGGAGCCUUGAGGAGGCCCAGCCCCGCCUGCUGCGCCGCCCGCUCCCUGCUCGUUCUGCCGUGAACCCUUCACGCCAGGUGAAGAGCUUCCCUUCCUAUUGGCACAUGCCAAGUUCCUGUGGGUGUGGAUGCCUGGGCGAGUGGGCCAAGCUGGCUGAGGAGGCUGGGCCCCGGGUGGGACGGCUUGUCGGGGCUCCGUCUGGGCUCCCACUGAGCCCGUCCGCUGCUUCUGUCGCCUCACCAACAGCUUCUCUGGGUUCCCCACUGGGCACUCACUCUUCCGUGACUGUGGGAGCCGAGCCUCACCUCGCCUCACCUCCCUGGAGCGACAGAGAAAACCACAAUUCCCAGAGUGCACCGCCACCGCAACGGCCGUACGGUCGGCCUCGGGCUCCCGGCGCCAUCUUCGUGGGUGAGGAGGCGGUGCGGCCUGUGACCAUGGCGCUCUUCCCCGCCUUUGCGGGUGUCGCCGAGGCUCCGGACAGCGGGAGGAAAGAAUUAGACUGGCUGAGCAACCCAAGCUUUUGUGUUGGAACCAUAACAUCUCUGAGCCAACAAACUGAAGAGGCCACCAAAGCCCCAGUUUCCGAAGGGUCACCACUGACGAGGAGUCCUCUAAAAUCAGAGCCUUCAGAUGAAAGCGACAGUAACAGAAAGCCCAAAGAAGCAGGCAGGAAAAAGAAGAAAGAGAAAAAGAAGAGAAGGCAGCGUGAGCACCACAGGGAAGCCAGGAGCAGGCGCGGGCGCUCGGGCAGCCGUGGGUCUGAGCCAGGCGCCAGUUCUGAAAGGGACCGGCCUCCCGGAGGCGCCAGAGCCAGUAAAGGGGCGUCAGAGAAACUGAAUCAAGGAAAUAAUGCCGCCGCGGACACUGGACGUCACUGUGUUUGGCUUGAGGACAUCCAGGCUCUGACGGGAGAAACCUUCCGAAUGGAUAAGAAACCGGAUCCUGCCAACUGGGAGUAUAAGUCUCUUUACCGAGGAGAUAUUGCGAGAUACAAGAGGAAAGGAGACUCCUGCCUCGGCCUCAACCCGAAGAAGCAGUGUGUGUCUUGGGAGGGGACUUCCACAGAAAAGAAGCGUUCCCACAAGCACAUUGAACGCUACUUCAUGAAGAAGAGCGUGGGGUUAAUGAGCGAGGCCGGCCUCUCCGUCAGCAGGCAGCCUGUAGCUCCGUCAUCCCAGCCGCUCUCCUUUAUCCCGGUGGGGGGCGUGGACGACGCAGCUCCCUCUGCUGCCAGCUGGCUGAACCCGCUGGGGAUUUACGAUCAGGCCACAACGCAGUGGUUACAGGGACAGGGUCCUUCGGAGCAGGAGUCCAGGCCACCAGACUCACAGCCCGACCGAGAGAGCGCGCUCCUCAAGGCCAGGGUGGAGGAGUUUAACAGGAAGGUUCGGGAGAACCCUCGGGACACAGAGCUGUGGAUGGCUUUUGUUGCCUUCCAGGACGAGGUCAUGAGAAGCCCGGGCCUCUACGCCGUGGAGGAAGGAGAGCCGGAGACGCGGAAGCGGUCCCUGCGGCUGGUCCUGGAGAAGAAGCUGGCCGUCCUGGAGCGGGCCAUCGAGAGCAACCCGAGCAGUGUGGACCUGAAGCUCGCCAAGCUGAAGCUCUGCGCCGAGUUCUGGGAGCCCGCCACUCUGCUCAAAGAGUGGCAGAAACUGAUCUUCUUACAUCCCAACAACACAGCCCUCUGGCAGAAAUACCUGUUGUUUUGCCAGAGCCAGUUCAGCACCUUCUCUGUAUCAAAAAUUCAGAGUCUCUACGGGAAGUGCUUGAGCACCCUGUCUGCCGUGAGGGACGGCAGCAUCGUCUCCCACCCCGAGCUGCCGGGCACCGAGGAGGCCAUGUUUGCCCUCUUCCUCCAGCAGUGCCACUUCCUGCGGCAGGCAGGCCACUCCGAGAAGGCCGUCUGUCUGUUCCAGGCCAUGGUCGACUUCACGUUCUUCAAGCCCGACAGUGUGAAGGGCCUGCCCACCAAAGGCCAGGUGGAGUUCUUUGAGCCCUUCUGGGACAGCGGCGAGCCCCGGGCCGGGGAGAAGGGCGCCCGAGGCUGGAGAGCCUGGAUGCACCAGCAGGAGUGGGGCGGCUGGGUGGCCGUCAGCCCAGAUGACGAGGACGAGGAGCUGGAGGACGAGGAGCAGGAUAUCAGAGACAAGACUCUGCCCCGGUGGCGGAUCUGGCUGGCCGCCGAGCGGUCCCGAGACCACAGGCACUGGCGGCCGUGGCGCCCGGACAAGGCCAGGAAGCAGACGGAGGAGGACUGCGAGGAUCCCGAGCGACAGGUGUUGUUUGACGAUCUCGGGCAGUCUCUGAUCCGACUUUCCAGCCCGGAUCUCCAGUUUCAGCUGAUUGCGGCCUUCCUGCAGUUCCUGGGGGUGCCUUCUGGCUUCAGCCCUCCCGCCUCCUGCCUCUAUCUGGCCAUGGAUGAGAACAGCAUCUUCGACAACGAACUUUAUGACGAAAAGCCCUUGACUUUCCUCGACCUCUCCUGCUCCGGCGUUGGCUGUGUGGGCCGCAUGGACCCACUGGGUGGCCGGCGCUGGCCCCGGGGUCCCAGUCGAGAGGGCGAGGAGUUUAUCCGCAACGUCUUCCACGUGGUGCUGCCUCUGUUUGCAGGCAGGGAGCGGUCUCAGCUCUGCAUCUUCUGGCUACGGUACGAGAUCACCAAGGUCAUUUGGUGUCUGCACACGAAAAACAAGAAGAGGUUAAAGUCUCUGGGAAAGAACUGCAAAAAACUAGCCAAGAAUCUGCUCAAGGAGCCAGACAACCGCAACAGCGCUUGCCUCUGGCAGCAGUAUGCGCAUCUGGAGUGGUUGCUGGGCAACACGGAGGAUGCCCGGAAGGUCUUCGAGGCGGCCCUGGGCACCGCGGGCGGCCGCGGCCUGGCGGACGCGGAGCUCUGUGAGCUCGGCCUGCUCUACGCGGCGCUGGAGGCGGAGCUGGCGCCGCCCGUCGGCGGGGCGGCGCCUGCGCGCGCGGUGCGCGUGCUGACGGGGUUGGCCGAGCGCGGCCCCUCGGGGCCCUGCCCCGGACAGCCUUCGGCCGUGCACGUGUUGAAGGCUCGGAAGGCGUAUGAACACGCGCUGCAGGACUGCCUGGCGGAGCGCCGCGGCCCCGACCCGGGCCUGCCCGACUGUCUCAGCCGCCUGGUCAGCCUGGCGAAGUGCUUCAUGCUCUUCCAGUACCUGACCGUGGGGGUCGGCGCCGCUGCGCGCGUCUACGAGCAGGUGUUUGCAGGGCUCAGGGGCUCCGUCUCCGCCGAGGGUGCCGGCCUGGAGGGCGCCCUGGAGGCCGUCGCCCUGAUGCACACCAGCCUGCUCAGGUUCCACGGCCGGGUUGCCGCCUACCCGCUGGCUCCCCUGCGAGAGGCGCUCUCAGAGGCUUUACGGUUGUACCCGGGCAACCAGCUUCUCUGGAGGUCGUACGUGCAGAUUCAGAGCAAGGCCCACAGCGCCAGCAGGACCAGAAGAUUCUUCCACGCCGUCACCAGGUCCGCCAAACACCUGGAGCCGUGGCUGUUCGCAAUUGAGGCGGAGAGAAUGAGGAAGAGACUGGUGGACGCCGUGCAGAGGGUGGACGGCAGAGAGGUCCACGCCACCCUUCCCGAGAUCGGCCUGACGCACCGGAUCAGAGCCCUGUUUGAGAGCACCAUUCGGAGCACCCACGGCAGCCAGUGCCCCUUGCUGUGGAGGAUGUACCUGAACUUCCUGGUUUCCUUAGGAAAUAAAGAAAGAAGCAAAGGUGUGUUCUACAAAGCACUGCAGAACUGUCCUUGGGCAAAGGCGCUGUACAUGGACGCCGUGGAGUACUUCCCCGACGAGAUGCAGGAGGUCGUGGACCUGAUGACGGAGAAGGAGUUGCGGGUGCGCCUGCCGCUGGAGGAGCUGGAGCUGCUGCUGGAGGACUAG